GCACCGUCAGUUGACCUGUUAGAUCGGGAAAGGGCUUUUCUGCUUGGCUAGUGGAUAGACUGGUGGCGCCACUGUGCACGGAUAUAUAGGUUGGCGUUUCCUGAAAAUAAAAAUUGUUGAAGUUAGCGCAUUGUGUUGUCCACUCUCUCAUGUCCCUGUCUCUUAGCGCUCAAUAUGUCGUCAUGUUCCGUUUACCAACAAACCAACAACAAAAAACCAACAAAAAAUGGCACUACCAAAAUACAAUACGCUUUGAAAUAUUUUACAUCACGUGCGCACAUAAAAUUUAAAAAUGAAAUUUUGAACUCAAUUUUCUCCUCUAUCAUUACACCUAUGAUGGUGAAAUAAAUUACGCUAUAGCUCUCGGAGCACAAUUUAUCAAUCUAAACAAAUUAAUUGUUUCUCUUUAGUGUCCCUUUAAUAUGUUGCACCUAACAUCAUGUUUCUUUUUAUCUCAAAUAUUUGUUUAUGUAGCAUGAACUUCAAUGAGACCACUAAGUAAUCUCUAUGUAAAUAGUCUUCCAAACUCCAAUAUGCUUAUUUGCAGGACUCUUGGAAAGUAUCCAUCCAGUACAAAUUCGGGUACAUGCGAAGAACUCUGAGUACUGUGCCUGCUGUACAGGCAGCCAAGGAGGCCUACGGAAAACGGAAACCUCAAGAUAGUGCCGUUGCUGCACAAACUAAACGGCAACACUGCGGGGUAGCAAUUUCUGUUUUUAAGUUCAUUUCAAUGUUUUACAAGUAACAUUUGCAUGUGCCUUAGCUUGCUAAUAACAGUCUACGGCUUCAUCAUCGCUUGAACAACAAGCAUCCCAUAUGAUGACCACGAUGAAGAUGUUUUAAUGGGACACUUGGAAUUCAUGUCCAAAGAGAUCUCGAGGCGUGCUCCGGACCUCCAGAAAUUGAGCGAAUCGAUGAAGCAGACACGUUCUUCAAGGAGGUCGUAGAUGAAAGAUAGACUGCCAACAACAGCUGAGAUACUUGAAAAGUAUCCCGCUUUAGGAAAUGUUGAGAUGCUUCAUGAAGAAUUUACAGCAAUAACAGGCAUCAAGAUGGAAAAAAAUCUGUUGGAAUUUUUCAACAACUUUGGACCCAGGAUUCUGGAGCUAUUAAAAACUCGCCGUUCAACAAAGGACCUGGUGAAGAAGCUCGAGGAGGAGCUUGAAGAACUGGAAGGCAAUGGCCGUAAAUAUCGAUUUGCAGUUGCCUUAAUAGAACUCCUCCCACUGCUGCUGAAAGAGAAGCCUAAAUUUCUGAAGGGCCCUGACAUCUACCCUGCUCUUCGUUUUGAGGGAACAAGUAUCAGAGAGGCCGAAGAAAUGACCGUAGUGUUUGAGGCAUUCAACAUUCUUGUCGUCGAUGUUAUAGCCGGCCUGACGGCUAUCAUGGAACUGUAUUGGGUACUAGACAUCAUGUACUCGUAGAGUAACAAAAACACCUUAACGCUCCUCGAGUACUUUUGUGGACUACCAAGUGUGCCCAGAGCACCACUACUUUUAAGGACGAUUUCGUCGAUCAAGAGUUGAUCUGACAGCAAUGUGCAAUAAGCAGAACUGAUAUAAUAAAGAUUGAAGUGUGUGGAUCA